AUGCUCCAAGUGGAUGCGUGCGGUCUAUCAGACGUACCGCACAUAGAAAGCCUACAAGAAAAGUCCCAGUGCGCCCUCGAGGAGUACUGCAGAAGCCAGUACCCGAAUCAGCCCACGAGGUUCGGCAAGCUCCUCCUAAGACUACCUUCGUUACGGACAGUCAGCUCACAAGUUAUAGAACAGCUCUUCUUUGUGCGGUUAGUCGGGAAAACUCCCAUCGAGACCCUGAUCAGAGACAUGCUGCUCUCCGGGAACUCAUUCUCAUGGCCGUACAUGGCGACCAUGUGACAUACGAUGUGGAGGCAGCUGGCAGCGGCAUGAUCCACGCCUUACGGCUUCCCGCCGUACCUGCCGAGCCAGCGGUUCGACCCUUUCCAAAGGUACCAGCGCGAAGCCCAGCCUGAGGACGCAGUGACCUCCUCAAGCGAAUUCCACGAAACAGAAGCGAGCGAAGAGUACUUCGGGUCCAGAACCAGCAGGGAAAGCGAGAGAGCCGAUCCCUCUUUCGAUCCCAUAUCUGCUUUCUACGCUCCGAAAUCGACCGAGGAGUUCGAGACGACUUCGGAGACUCAAAAGAGCGCGCAAAAAUCCCUGAUGAUAGACAAUCUAUUAAAUAUACGGCAAGAGUGUAGUAUGCCAGACAUGAAGUAACAUUCAAUGGGGUCCGUAGUGUAUUAGUUCAAGUUUUUGUUCCUCUGUAAAAAUAGUUUACUAUUUAAUAUUGUAAAUAAAAUGUUUUUAUUAUUGUAAAUUGAUAGUUAAGAGUUUUUCUACGAUGAUGGAUGGAUUUUUUAUUUUAUUUUUUAUUAAUUAUUAUUAAUAUUGUAUUUUUUUCGAAUUCUUUCUUUUUGUAGAGAAUGUAUAAAAUCAAUUUCGGAUUGAUAACGCAAUAAGAUUUGCAUCGGUCGUGCAAUGUCGGUGUGUAGUUGUAUGCAUGUUAGAAAUAGAGAAAGGUUUUCAACGACUAAGAAAACUUUUAUACGACUAAAUAGAUGUGAAGAAUCCUCAAUGAUUUUAAACUGGGAAUGGAGUGUGUUCAUAUUCAUAUCAGAAAAGAGCGAAAUGUGUUCAAGUAAUAACUUAGGUAGCGGCUGGCAAUGAGACUUCUUGUAAAUAAACUUUUUUCGUCAUUUUGUUUUAAGUUUUCUCCAUUUUGUUUGGUCUUUAUAUAACAUUCCCAGUUUAAAAUCAUGAUCAAAGAGUUUUUUAUCUACAAAUAUGAUUGGACGAGGUUCUUUCUUUUUUAUUUUCCACUGGUGCUGUCAUUACUCAAAUAUUUACGUAGGAUUACGUAUUUUUCUUAUUUUAUCGAUUCCGUAAAGCAUUUAUGUAGAUAUGUAUCGUUCCUUUGAAAAGGUUAUUUUGAAAAAAAAUAUUUUUAGUAAAAUACAUGAAACGUAGUUGAGUAAAAUUGUUUUUUUCUUUUACGUCUUUGUUUAUGUAUAAACAAUAGUGAGAAAUACAAAUUAUGUAAGCUAUAGUAACUACAAAAUGAUUUUAUUUAUAUUUCUAAUAAUCUUUUUUUAUAAAAACAAUUUUUUAUGUUAUAAUUCUUUUUUGUAUGUCAAUAGUCAUUAUAGAUACUUUUGAAUUUGUAAAAUAAUUUAAAAUUAUGGAAUUGAAUUAUGAUGAUUAUUCUAAAACAUAUGCUUGUGAAAAUACAUUUUUCUUAAAAAUAAUUGAACUAUUUUAUAUUUCAAAUAUGUGAAAUGGAAAGCAAUAAUAGAAUUUUCUAUAAAUCAAUUUUAAAGAUAAAUAAUUUUCACAAACAAAUGUUUCAAAUUUCUGCACACAAUUUGAUAGUUUUAUUUUUUAAAAAAAUGAAGAAACAAUUUAUAAACAAUUAGUAAAAGAGAAGCAAUGUAUUUAUUCGCAAUAAAUGUACAGUGAACGGUUGUAAAAUAUUGUCGGUGUGUGUAUGAGAAUGUAUGGAGGUGUAUAAAAAAUAAAUAUUAAUGAG